AUGAGCCAAAAGCGUAAGGCGGGGGACGAAGAGUAUGACGACUAUUUUGUGCAGAGAGAGCAGGAGGAAAGUCGUCUAGCUGAGCUACGCAAAAGGCGCCGUGAGAAACUGGCACAGCUGGCGCCUCCCGUGCCGCCACCUGCUCCGCCGCCGAUGCCAGAGCCUGAAGCGCCCCCCCGCCAAGCGCCUGAAGCGCCCCCCGAGCCACUGGAUGAUAUGUUUGAUGUAGACAAUACGGCAUGGUCCGGACGUGAAGAGCCUGCGAAAGCGCCGGAGCAGCAGGCUUGGAGUGGGACGGAAGAUUUUGGUGGCGCCGAGGGCGCCGCUGGACUGCACGACAAUUGGGACGACCCGGAUGGAUACUAUCGCGUCAUGCUGGGCGAAAAGCUCCAGCAGCGAUAUCAGAUCUUCGCCAUUUUAGGGCGCGGUAUAUUUGCCACGGUCGUUCGUGCGCGCGACUUGCAGCAGAACGGUCGCGAAGUCGCUAUCAAAAUCGCGCGGAGGCAGGAGACCAUGCACAAGGCAGGAAUGAGGGAGAUCAGUAUUUUGCAACGCUUAUCUGAAGCGGAUCCAGAUAACAAGAUGUUCAUCGUGCAUUUUUUCACUCACUUUGAGCACCGGGGUCACCUGUGUAUGGUGUUUGAGUCCUUAGGACUCAAUCUGCGCGAGAUUGUCAAGCGAUUUGGCAAGGAUGUAGGUCUGAAUCUACAAGCGGUGAAGACAUAUACGAAACAAAUGCUGCUGGCCUUGGCCUUGCUUAGGGAAAAACAAUUCGUGCAUGCGGAUAUAAAACCAGACAACAUCCUCGUGAAUGAGGCCAAGACCAUUGCCAAGCUUGCCGACUUUGGUUCGGCCUCCACCGCAUCCGAGAUGGAGAUUACGCCGUACCUCGUGAGCCGAUUUUACCGUGCCCCUGAAAUCAUCCUCGGGCAGCCGCACGGAUGCGAAAUGGACAUGUGGUCCAUGGCCUGCACCAUCUACGAACUCGCCACCGGGCACAUUCUUUUCCCAGGGAAAAAUAACAAUCACAUGCUCUUGUUAAUGCAGAAGCUACGUGGAAAGCCGCUUGUCAAGCAGCUCAAAAAAUGUGAAUUUGCCUUGCAACACUUUGAAGACUAUCAUACCUUCUUGUCCACUGAAGUCGAUACCACCACAGGCGAGUCGAUCGUGAGGCGCGUGAAUACCACACACCCUACCGAAGACUUGCGUGCCAAGAUGCUUCCAGGUGGAACAGCCAAACACAUGCGCCCUGAAGAACUUCGGCAGACGCAGCUCCUCAUCGAUUUACUCCACCGCAUGUUGGAAUGGGAUCCAUCCAAGCGUAUCACGCCGCUCGACGCGCUCCAGCACGCGUUUGUCCAAUAG